AUGCCUCCCGGGCACAAAGCUACUGUUGGUAACCUCCAGACCUUUGAGCUUCCCGAGACCCUCAGUGGGAGCCCAGUAGACAGGGCGUUGGGAAGGAGCAUGAUUGAUGCUUGGAAGAGGGAUGGUAUCCUUCAGAUUUCCAUGGAUCCCAUCAACCGCAAGCUCGCCGAUGCAGCCUUCCUGUGCAGCAAAAAGUUCUUCAACCUCGACUACAAGAAGAAGUCAGCUUGCUUGGACGACCAGUCUUUUGCCGGAUACAUUGCUUCGGGAGAAGAACUUACAGACAACAUUGCAGAUUACAGCGAAAUCUUCACCGUCACCAAGGAUCUUGCGCUGUCUGAUCCGCGUGUCCAGCAAAAGUGGCCGUGCCAUGGGCCCUGCCCUUGGCCUUUUACUCAGAUGAAGACUGUUAUGCAAGCAUACAUGGACUACCUGGGCGAGAGCGGCGAGAAGAUGCUGCAACUGAUUGCUUGGGGUCUUGGUCUCAACGACGGCAAUGCCCUGAUCAAGUACACGCAGGAUGGCUGGCACCACAUGCGCAUUCUACGCUUCCCCGCGGCCAACAACGUCAACGGAAAAGGCAAGGCCGGCCGCGGCAUCGGUUCUCACACCGAUUAUGGACUACUGGUCAUUGCUGCCCAAGACGACGUUGGCGGUCUCUUCAUCCGCCCUCCGAUCGAGGGCGAGACGUACGCCAACUGGAAAGAGAGCGCAGCCGGCAAGCACGAGGAUGCUGAUGGCUGGGUCUACGUUCCUCCUGUUCCCGACGUCUUUACCGUCUUCCCCGGUGACAUGAUGCAAUACAUCACCAACUCAUAUCUCCCGUCGACGCCCCACAAGGUUGGCCUCAACACGCGGGAGCGGUUUGCCUUUGCCUACUUCCACGAGCCCAACUUCUCGUCAGUUAUGAAACCGCUCCCAGGCUUCGAGGCCGGUCAGGAGCCCGUUGACGGUAUCCACUAUGGUACCCACUUCACCAACAUGUUUAUGCGGAAUUAUCCGAAGAGGAUUACCGCUGACCGUAUGAGGGCUGAGGGAAGGAUGGCCCUGUUGGACUCGCCUGGCCUCCGCUGGAAGGACAUGCCAGCUACAGAUAGCAGUGGCUUAGUCGGCGCUAUUCCAGCCACCUCUUCCGAGGCGGGUAGACUAGACACCAAGUACAUAUAA